AUGGCACAAGCUCAGGUGGGGCUCCCAGGACCCUUCCCGGAGCCCCUCGUUGGGCCAUGCCCUGACUCCGACUUCGACUCUGACUCUGAGGAUGCGACCAUGGGUGGUGCAGGGCCUGGUGCUGGGGUUCAGAAACCCUCCCAGGUCAUCCACAGUGGCCACUUCAUGGUGUCGUCCCCGCACAGCGACUCGCUGCCCCGUCGGCGCCACCGCCAUGCUGAGCCCGAGGCGGCUGAUCCGCGGAGCAUCGACCCGACCCUGACCCGGCUCUUUGAGUGCAUGAGCCUAGAGUACAGUGGAAAGCUGGUGUCGCCAAAGUGGAAGAAUUUCAAGGGGCAGCGGCUGCUUUGCCGGGAUAAAAUCCGUCUCAACAAUGCUAUCUGGAGAGCGUGGUACAUCCAGUAUGUGGAGCAGAGGAAGAACCCCAUGUGUGGUUUCAUCACCCCCCUGGAGGGAUCUGAGGCUGACGAGCAUCGAAAACCAGAGGCUGUCGUGCUGGAGGGCAAUUACUGGAAACGCCGCAUCGAGGUGGUAAUGAGGGAGUACCACAAGUGGAGGAUCUACUACAAGAAGCGGCUCCGAAAGUCCAGCCGGGAGGGAGAGCUCUCCAGCCCAAAGCAGGACGAGGAUGCCUGGAGACCAACGGAGAAAUGGUGCAACCAGCUCUUCUGCAAUGUGGUGCCCAUGCUGCUUGGGAACGAGGAAGAGGAGCUGGGGGGCAGGCAGCACUUCGACUUGGACACCUUCCUAUCAGACAUCUCUGACACACUCUUCACCAUGACACAGACACCCAGCACCCACCAGGCGCUCCCAGAGGAUGCAUAUAUUGGGAAUGCUGACAUGAUCCAGCCAGACUUGGCACCCCUGCAGCCCAGCCUGGAUGAUACCAUGGAGAUCUCAGAUAUUUUCAUCAGCCAUCGGCCAUUGCCUGCACAGACACAUCUGGGCUACCAGGAGCCACCCUGCUUUGUGACUAUGGCUGAGCCCCUCUAUGGUGGCGGAGGGGCCAUGCCUGCCAGCCCCGAUGCCCUGCUCCCUCCCAGCACCCUCCUCCAGCCUGGCGGUGCCUCCCAGCUCAGCCUCCAUGGUGCCUUCCUCAGCUCCGAGCAACCCCCGCCACCAUUGGCCCCCGAGCCCCCUGCUGCGGUGCCUGGCAGCCUCAGCCCCCAGCUCAAACACAAGCCCUUGCUGCAGUACAACUUCCCUGGCAAGUGCAUUGGCAUGGAGCCGCUCGGCCUCCCCUACACACCCCCUAACCCAUCCCCUGGGCCCCCACUGCUGGGCCCAGAGCCCCCAUUUUCCCCCGCCUCCGCCCCCCGCUCCAAGUUUCCCUACACUGCCUCACCCAGCCCCUCACUCCUCGCCCACCCCGUGUCCCCACUCUCCACACCAUGCUUCGCCCAGCACACCCCAGGCAUGGGCUAUGCUGUGGACAUGGUGCCCCCAGGGUACCCUGGCCCGGCUGCCCCCCAGCACCUGCCCCACACUGCACCAGGCAGCCCCAGGUUUGCAACCCCAAAAGGGCCGUCCCCUGGCGGGAGCGGGCGGUCGAAGGCAAAGGCUGGCAGCACCAAGGCAAAGAGGCUGCCAGGGCCCUCCGUACCGCCACACCUGGCCGUGCCCAACCCCUGCCUGACCCAGCUGCUGACCACAGCCAAGCAGGAGCCAGCCCUGGAUACCUCGCCUGCGCAUGGUCCGGCACUCCUGCCUGCAUCCCCUGUCUCCCCGCAGAGCAGUGUCCCUGACGUCCCUGCCGCCUUCCUGUCCAGAGUGGCCCAGCUGAGCCCAGGGCUGUCUCCUGGCUCCAGCCCUUCCCAGGCAGUGCCAGUGCCAGUGAUGCUGGCGGGUGCUGCGCCAGGGCCGCUGCUGGUCCCCAAGGUGGAGCGGCUGUCCCCCACAUCAUCUUGUGGCAGUGACUGGCCCAAGCCCAGACAGGCCUCCUCGGGACCCACUGCAGGGCUGGGCACUGGCAUCUCCCUGCAUCACCCCACAUCCCGCAGGGGCAGACCUGAGUCCAGCAAGAUAGAAAGCCGGCGUAUCACACACAUCUCCGCUGAGCAGAAGAGACGCUUCAACAUCAAGCUGGGCUUUGACACACUGCACAGCCUGGUGAGCACGCUGAGCACCCAGCCCAGCAUCAAGGUCAGCAAGGCCACCACCUUGCAGAAGACAGCUGAGUACAUCUGCAAGCUGCAGCAGGAGCGGGCAGCCCUCCAGGAUGAGGCACAGCGGCUGCGGGAGCAGAUCGAGGAGCUCAACAGCUCGAUCAACCUGUGCCAGGAGCAGCUGCCAGCCACAGGGGUGCCCAUCACGCGCCAGCGCUUUGACCAGAUGCGCAGCAUGUUCGACGAGUACGUCCGCUCCUCCACGCUGCAGAACUGGAAGUUCUGGAUCUUCAGCAUCAUCAUCCGGCCCCUCUUCGAGUCCUUCAACGGCAUGGUGUCCACGGCCAGCGUGGAGAGCCUCACCCAGACAUCUCUCGCCUGGCUGGACCAGCACUGCUCCCUCCCAGCGCUUCGGCCCACCGUCCUGAGCUCCCUGCGGCAGCUGAGCGUCUCCACCUCCAUCCUCAGCGACCCGGCGCGCGUCCCCGAGCAGGCGACGCGGGCAGUGACCGGGCCGCCCCGCGGCAGCUCCUCGUAGCCGCCCCGGGGCCGCCGCGCGGGGCCA